AUGCGGCGUUCCGUUCGUCUUGUGACUGCCGCUUCGCGUGACGUCAAGGUAAAGAGUUUUGAUAACAACCUUCCAGGCAUCUCUUCGUCUGUCGUAUUUGCGUCUUCUGCAGCAAUUCCUACCUUCAAAACCCACGUGAAGGCGGAGGAAUUCAAUCUCAACGAUUGGACACCUUUGUGCAGUACUCGGGAGCUUUCAUGCGCUCUCACACUGGAAUCUGGACAAGUUUUCGCCUGGCAAAGACAUCCAAGACAAGUGUCAUCAUGGCUAGGAGUUGUGGGGCACCGAGUCUUUGCGUUGCGGGAACGUGAUGACAUUGUGCACUUCCAGUGUCUCCAUCCGUCGGACUUGCCUACAACUGAGGGGAUUGAGGAGCUAUCACACUACUUUCGGUUGGAAGUGGAUGCUGAGCCAUUGUACGAGCGCUGGACGACAACGAGUGAUUCGAUGACAACGAUUCUUUUGAGAAUGCGAGGACUGAGGAUCGUGCGACAGGACCCUGUGGAGUGUUUGUUCUCGUUCAUCUGCUCGUCGAACAACAACAUUGCUCGGAUCCAAGGGAUGGUCGAUAAACUCAAAGCCACGUACGGAGAUUUGAUUUACAAAGAACAAGACCGUCAUUUCUACGCGUUCCCUUCGGUUGAUACACUAGCUGCCAAGUGUGAAGAAACUACACUGCGAACUCUGGGGUUUGGCUAUCGAGCCGCUUUCAUCGUAAAGACUGCAAAGCAGCUACAAAAACUCGGAGGAGUCUCAUAUCUCAACGAUAUCCGAGACGGUAAAAUCGUCCGUCCGGAAGUGAAGAAGAAGCGAAAGUCGAGCACAUUCGCGAGCGUUGGGAGAAAAGUAGCAGACUGUGUGGCGCUCUUUUCACUGGAAAAGAUGGAGGCCAUUCCUGUUGACACGCACGUGUGGCAAAUCGCAUGCCGCGAAUUGGACGCGACUCUCAGUGAACGAAAGAGUAUCACACCGACCGUGUAUCGUAUGGUUGGCGAUCUUUUCCGGACGCGUUUUGCACCUCAAGCUGGUUGGGCUCAUAGUGUUUUGUUCGCGGCAGAUUUGUCUGCUUUCAAGUUGGAAGUACCAGGUCAAGAGAAGAAGUCUCGAGUCAAACGUAAGGCUACAAAGGCGUCACCAACCCCGACAACAAAGCAGAAGACUGGUAGUACCCAGUAG